GUGGAUGCGGGGAGGGGGGGAGGCAAAGGAUGCAGUGGCGGCUGUGGUGAUCAUGGCGUGUAACAGAGUGGACUAUCUCGACCGCACCAUUAAAUCCGUGUUGCUGCACCACAAGGGUGCUGACAGCAAGUUCCCCCUCUUCAUCUCACAGGACGGCACGAAUGCAGGCGUCAAGGAGAGGGCCAAGCAGGCCCACCAGUUCACCUACCUGCAGCACAUCGAGACAGCACCACCAAGAAUGAACAACGCGGGGGAGAACAUUGCCUAUUACAGAAUAGCAGAGCACUACAAGUUCGCCCUCACAGAGCUCUUUGACCGACGGCAGUUUCCACGUGUCAUCAUUCUCGAAGAUGACAUGGAGCUAGCUCCUGACUUCUUUGAUUAUUUUGAGGCCGCCUCCAACCUGCUGGAUGUGGACGAGUCCAUCCUGGCAGUCUCCUCCUGGAACGACAACGGGCAGAAGCAAUUCGUGCGUGACUCACACCAGCUGUACCGCUCGGACUUCUUCCCGGGGCUGGGCUGGAUGCUGAGGAGAGAGCUGUGGGCGGAGCUCAAACCCAAGUGGGCCCGCGCCUACUGGGACGACUGGCUGCGCCUCCCGGAGCAGCGCAAGGGCCGCCAGACCAUCCGCCCGGAGGUCUGCCGAACCUACAACUUUGGAGAGCAUGGCUCCAGCAUGGGUCAAUAUUUCAGCCAGUACCUAGCACCCAUAAAGCUCAACACCGAGCCCAUCAACUGGGCUCAGAAGGAUCUCAGCUAUCUGCUGGAUGUCAGCUACCCUUCCUACAUGCUCUCCCAGCUGCGCUCCGCUCGCCUCAUCCCGCGCGCAGCCGUCAACACCGAGGUGGUAACCCCAUCGGAGCUUGGUUACGAUGUGAUGGUGGAGUAUCGGGAUGAGAGUAGUUUCGCGGAGCUUGCGGGGGAGUUAGGCGUGUUUCAGGAGUGGAAGGCGGGAGUGCCUCGCACAGCUUAUAGCGGGGUUGUAGUGUUUCGGUACCACGGGCCGCAUCGAGUGUUUUUUGUUGAGCGGAGAGGGCUGGCGAAGUUGGGAUUUAAGCUGCCGGCAAGCAGAUAG